AUGUCAUUUCCAUAUGAAUAUAUAUUUAAAUACAUCAUUAUUGGUGAUAUGGGUGUAGGUAAAUCAUGUCUCCUUCACCAAUUCACUGAAAAUAAAUUCGUCCCAGAUUCACCACAUACAAUUGGUGUAGAGUUUGGUACAAGAAUUGUAGAUGUAAAUAAUAAAAAAAUUAAAUUACAAAUUUGGGAUACUGCAGGUCAAGAAAGAUUCAGGGCAGUUACACGUUCAUAUUAUAGAGGUGCAGCAGGUGCAUUAUUAGUUUAUGAUAUUACAAGAAGAAUUACAUACAACCACUUAACCACUUGGUUAACUGAUGCUAGAAAUCUUACUAAUCCAAACACUGUCAUCAUGUUAAUUGGUAACAAAAAAGAUUUGGAAGGUCAAAGAGAUGUCACCUAUGAAGAGGCUUCUGCUUUUGCAAAACAAAAUGGUUUAAUUUUUGUGGAAUCUAGUGCAAAAACUGGUGAGAAUGUAGAAGAAGCUUUCUUAAGAACUGCUAAAUUAAUUUUCCAAAGCGUUCAAGAGGGUAAUGUUGAUCUCAUCCCGGAUGGAGGUAUUACCAAGAACCCACCACAAACCAUCACUGAUAAACCUCAAGAUGCCAGUAAAUGUUCUUGUUAA